AUUUGGGCCAGUCUAGUUAGUCAGUUCGAUCGAGCUCCGCCGCGUCGCCUUUGAAGCAAUUGAUACACUUCGAUUCGUGUUACGCAAAAUAAUAAAUAGAUAGAUAGACAAGAAAUUAUAUCGAGUGGAAUAUGGCCCCUGCUUUAAACAGUACGGUUAGCUCUAUUACAACCACAAUUGCGAAUUUGACGACCACUACUACGUCGAUUAGUAAUGCCACUGUGAGCCCAACUCCUGCUGGGUGGGCCAGCAAUGGUGGCGGAUAUACCGCUACGUGGGAAGGUCCCUACGUGUACUACUAUCCUAACUAUGUGAUGUAUGUAACCCUGGUGUUUCUGUUCAUCUUCCUUCUACCGCUUGUUGUGAUUAUGAGUGCCAUGAAACGCAAGCGGGAGGCGCAAGUCCGGGCCCUGGCCCUGCAGAGACAGCGAGCCCGUCGUGAGAUGGAAAUCAGUGUGACGAACAACAAUUGCAAUGGCAGUUCCAGCUGUGCCGCUGGCAUCAGCAGCGUCAGUGUAGGUGACCAGAACGACCAGAUUACUGUGCUGCCAAAGACUUUGGAUCUGCCGCCCAGCUACGAUGAGGCAGCCUACUGCGAACAGAAGCACGGAGUCAGCAAUGCAGCCUCCACACUGACCAUUGCCACCAACCUGGAGGUGGGCAUCAACGAGCCACCGCCAGUCUACGAGUCGGGAACUCUCGCCACCACCACGACGACAACCACCACAACGUUCCUGGUGAACGGUCAGCCACCGGUGUUGUAACAAAAACUUUCGAUUCCGAAAUAAUAAAUUGUAUUCCAUACUUAAAUAUACACGCUUAUACAUAUAUACAAGAAAUUUUAAGAGUAAUUCUUAUGUAUGAAUAAAAGUUUCUUUAAUUUUCGAUUAAGCAAUUUACUAAAUGCUGAAAUAAACGUAUCCCUGAUAA